CCGUGACCCUUCUUUCAGUUAGGCUAUGACAACUUCCUCUACUCCACACACCCGAUUUUCCUUCAUUGUUGCUUUUGCUGGAUCGUUAUAGGUGUAUUCAUACAUCUUUAACCUGCGACUCGAGUAUCUGACCAUCUUUGACUAUGACAGGGCUUGGAUAGCACGAGACGAUGCCAUUUUCCAAGGCAACGUGCUAAUGUGUCACUUGUAAAAAAAUAACGCGGUGAUGGCAUCGGCGCCGUUUAACUUAACGCGCUUUCUGUUCGUUCCCCCGUGCGUUUUGCGAUGGAGUCUGUGUCGACAUGGAGUUUGUUUGGGGAUCGCAUUAGACAUCGCUGCCUUUUCUCGUUACAAUGUUGCGUUUUAUCAUCGGUGAGGAUUUGUUGACUGCGGGCAUAAGAGGACGAGCGCACCACCGACAUCAUGUCUGAUCGGAAUUACUGGACUGUGUGCCCGAGUUACAAAAGUCAGUUCGUGUCUGGAGGCUUAGUAAAACGACCAAAGGGUAACCGGAACAAAAGGAAAAGUCUGGCUCCUUCUCCUACUCUAUCAAGACCUCUCUCACCUCUUCCCUUACAAACUGGCACCAGCCCACUGGAUAGUCCAAGAAAUUUAUCUAGCAGUCCUUCUGUUAAUUUCAUUCGGAGAGCGGAUACACGAAGAUGGUCUGUGGCAUCGGUCUCGUCUGGAUAUGGAACCAAUCCACCCAGUUCUGCGGUUUCAUCUUCAUCCUCCUCGCAGGAGCUGUUGCACCAGCUGCCCUCCCAGCCCACCCCAGAUGACCUUCAUCGCCUCUUCAAACAUUUUAGGAGCUCAGAGAGUGUGACAGACGAGGAUGGACAGCCCUCUCCUUUCCGUCCUCGCUCAAGGAGUCUUAGCCCUGGGCGAACAUGCGGGUCCUUUGAUAAUGAGAUCGUGAUGAUGAAUCAUGUCUACAAAGAGCGCUUUCCGAAGGCCACGGCUCAGAUGGAGGGGCGGUUGCUGGCUGUAAUCGAGGACUUCUCCCCAGACAAUGCUCCUCCUCUUGCUGAUGGAGUGCUGGGCUUUAUUCAGCACCAGCUGGUCGAGAUUGUCCGAGACUGUUUGGAGAAAUGUACGAAAGGUCUCAUCACGUCUCGUUACUUCAUAGAACUCCAGGAAAAAAUUGAAAAUCUGCUCCAUGAGGCCUAUGAGCGCUCUGAGAGUGAGGAAGUGUCUGUUAUUGCCAAACUUGUGAAGAAGAUUCUCAUCAUUAUUUCCAGGCCGGCAAGACUUCUGGAAUGUCUGGAAUUUGACCCUGAAGUGUUUUAUCAACGGCUUGAAGUUGCAGAGGGUCAUGCAAAAGUUGAUCAGGGCAUCAAGACGGAUAUCCCCAGAUACAUCAUCAGCCAACUUGGUCUCACUCGAGACCCCCUGGAGGACAUGGUGCAACUUGAGCAAAACAACUCGGGCAGUACAGGCAGAGAAUUGGAUGAUCCUGCAGAGAAUCGCCCUGGUACCACAACGCCUCGAAGAAAACCUCUGGAAAGGGAUUUUGAGACCAUAAAACUCAUCAGUAAUGGGGCUUAUGGGGCCGUAUACCUGGUGCGGCAUCGCGAGACACGCCAGCGUUUUGCAAUGAAGAAGAUCAACCGGCAGAACUUGAUCCUGAGGAACCAGAUCCAGCAGGUGUUUGUGGAGCGAGACAUCUUGACGUUUGCAGAGAACCCUUUUGUUGUGAGCAUGUUCUGCUCGUUUGAGACACGGCGACACCUCUGCAUGGUCAUGGAGUAUGUGGAGGGUGGAGACUGUGCAAAUUUGCUGAAGAAUAUGGGUCCCUUGCCUGUGGACAUGACCAGAAUGUACUUUGCAGAGACCGUACUAGCGCUAGAGUAUCUUCAUAAUUAUGGCAUAGUGCACAGAGAUCUUAAACCUGACAACUUACUCAUCACGUCAAUGGGCCACAUUAAACUGACUGACUUUGGUUUGUCUAAAAUUGGUUUAAUGAAUAUGACCACAAACAUGUAUGAGGAACACAUGGAGAAAGACACAAGAGAGUUCUUUGAUAAACAGGUCUGUGGCACUCCAGAAUACAUUGCACCAGAGGUGAUCUUGAGGCAAAGUUAUGGAAAACCUGUGGACUGGUGGGCCAUGGGCAUUAUACUGUAUGAAUUUCUGGUGGGCUGCGUCCCUUUCUUUGGAGACACACCUGAAGAGCUCUUUGGCCAGGUGGUCAGUGAUGAAAUCGAGUGGCCAGAGGGUGAUGAUGCACUGCCUGCUGACUCUCAAGACCUUAUCAUAAAACUGUUGAGACAAAGCCCCUUGGAGCGCUUGGGCACUGGUGGAACAGCAGAAGUCAAACAUCACCUCUUCUUUCAUGGUCUGGACUGGAGCGGACUCUUGAGGCAGAAAGCAGAGUUCAUACCGCAGCUUGAAACCGAAGACGACACAAGUUACUUUGACACGCGUUCUGAUCGCUACAAUCACUCUGAAGAAGAUGAUGAGACAAACGAUGAUGACUCUUAUCAGGAGAUCAAGUUCUCUUCCUGCUCGCACCGCUUCAGCAAGGUUUACAGUAGCUCAGAGCAGCUGGCUUCUCCCUCCAACUUGAGCUUGUCCUCUUCUGAGCGAAGCUGCAGUGAAGAGAAGGAUGACAGAUGGGAUGGUCAUUCAUUGCUCUCUCCAGGAGAUUCCCCCAGACAGAGGUCAAACAGUGACAGGAAGCAGGACGGCCAAAGGGGCAGCCCUAGCCCAAGGCCUAGAGCAUCAUCCAGUUCAUCCCAGCCUGAGAGGGGCGCUAGUCCUCUAAUUUUGAACAGCACUCAGAGCCUUGAUGCCAUGCCACUCUUUGCCUUUCCUGAGGAUGAAGAAGGACUUGUAUCAAAUCUUCGGCGAAUUCGUCUGCGCAGCAACUCCACUGGAACUAGGCCUACCAAUCGCAAGGACCACAAGGGUCCACGUCACCUUGGGCUCCAGCAGGACACACCUGAGAAACCAAGAUCACCAUUCACAUGCAAAGUCCCGAAGUCUGCGUCUGUGUCUGGCCUUUCUCUCAUCGUAUCAGCAGACGACAUCCCCAGUGCUAUCCAGACAAGCCCCAUGUCUUCGCACUCCCUCUCCUCCAACCCAUCAUCACGGGACUCUUCCCCCAACCGAGACCUUUCUCUAAGCGUUAGCAGCCUUCGUCCUCCUGUGGUUAUCCACAGUUCUGGAAGGAAGUACGGCUUUGCGCUCCGUGCCAUUCGGGUCUACCUGGGGGAUACUGAUGUUUACUCGGUGCACCACAUGGUGUGGAGUGUUGAAGAUGGCAGCCCUGCUCAUGAGGCUGGACUGAGGGCUGGUGACCUCAUAACACAUGUAAAUGGAGAAUCCAUCCAGGGUCUGGUACACACUGAUGUGGUGGAGCUUUUACUGAAAAGUGGAAGUAAAGUGGCCCUCCAGACGACUCCUCUUGAGAACACCUCCAUUAAAAUCGGGCCUGCAAGAAAGCACAGCACCAAGGGCAAGAUGGCACGACGCAGUAAAAAAAGCAAAAGGAAAGAGGGUCAAGACAGCAAGCGCCGCAGCCUUAUAAAAAAGCUCCCAAAACACAACCCGGGGAUACAGAAUAGUCGCAGUUUUUCGGCUGGGUUCCAGCACUCGCCCAACGACAGCCUGUCGGAUUCCCCAACACCAAGCCUGUCUCCUGGGCCCAACACUCCAUGUCGAAGCCCAGCUCCAGAUCUGUCAUGUGAUUCGAAUUCUCCACAGAGUUCCUCACCAUGCUCAAGCUCUCCAAAUUCACCAAUUCCUCAAAGUCGACCAAGUUCUCUUCAUGUUUUGGGAUCUAAACUAGGCCUUCGCUAUAGCAAACAAGGCCGCUGCAAGACCACCAAUAGUAUCCCCCCUUCUCCUCUUGCUUGCAAUCCCUCUCCACAGCCUCUCUCUCCACAGUGUUCUCCAUCUUCCCUCACUGGGACUCCUAAAAGCCUCCACUCAUUCCAUAACAAAAUGAUGUCCCCACCGACCAUUGUCAGACAGACGGUGUGUCCCCGCAGUGCAGAAUCCCCCCGCUCGCCACUGCUGAACAGGGUUCAGUCAUCUGACAGGCUGUCCGGAGACAAAAAGGCCUUCUCCCCUCAAAGGCACACUGUAGAGGUUCUCCAGGGUGAUGGUGAUGAGCUUGAGUCACAAAGUGACAUUGCCUCAGGUUUUGUGUGUGUCGGUGACCAUACCAGACAAGGGCUGUAUCUGUCCGGUCAGCGAGUGAGGGACUUGGAGAGAUCGAAGGAGGUGGUGGUUAUGAGGAAGCUAAACUUGUCAGAGAGACGAGAUUCGUUUAAAAAGCAGGAAGCAGUUCAGGAGGUCAGCUUCGAUGACUGCGAUGACAAAGAGGUCAUGAUAUCGACUCCGAUUUCAUCUCACACUUGUUUCAAAGCUGCUUGGAUUGGCUCGACGCCGACUGAGGGAAUCACGGAGACUCCAGAGAAGACCACGACCAGCAAGCUAAAGGAUAAAAGGGGAAAAGAUGAGGCGUGUUAGCCUUGAAAACUGUGAGACUCGUAUGAACAGGUGCUUCCAGGAUAACAUGACCAGAAUAUUUGUUUAGCAUUAUAUAUUUGUUAGAAGUCGUCAUUCACCUGCCAAAAAGGUCUUUUUUAAGAUGGCUUUAUGAACUUGCUUUUUUUCUGGUAGCACAAUGAACUUUUAUAGAUUUGUGGUAAAGUUUAUUUAUUACAUUUGAAGGUAGCUUGUUUUGAAGCAGUAAUAGAAAGGUCAUACAAUAGGAUCACUUUUUUUCAAGAAUUUGCACAUGUAUGGUCCUGCUGAGGUAUUUUUCAUUCUCAUUAUCUCUUUUUCCAUAAAUAUCAGCGUCGUAUGGCUCAGCCUGUAAUGUCCGAUUUAUCUUCAAAAUUUCAGUUUUGACAUUUUGAGAGAUGUUUGCAUUACUGUUGUGUUUCUGUAAAACUGAAUGUACAAAAUUUCACCUGGUCAUGUCCCUCACUACCAAAAAAUGACUUCAUCUUAGUGCAUCAUGUUUACACAAUUUGUGCAACAUUCUUCUUAUUACUUGUAAAGAACAAAAUGGCUUACAAAGUCUAAUUUGGUAAUUUUGUAAUGUUUUUGGAACCGGUAUGUUGCAGUGUUGUACUGAAUUCUGUUUACGUAUGUAAUCUUUACCACAUUUAAAUAGUGGUUUUAUAAUUUUCAGUGUUUAAUCGUCUGUGAGUUGUGUUAAAGACAUUUCCGCAACAUCUGCGUGGAUGUGUUUUUCAUCACUAGCCUUUAUAAAUGCCUUAUUCCUCCGCAUGGUUACCUUCUGCAAUGUUGACAAUUGCUUGUUCAGUUAUACAAAAUUAUGAAAAUGACUCUUAGUAACAUUAACUUUCUGUAUAAUUAUUUGCUUUAGAUUUCUUUUCCGAUACUUAAAAAGAUAUGUUCAGACAUUUGUGAAUUUUAACUUGCACUCCCUGUCUGACUUGUCUUUUUCCUCAUUCUGUACCAGUGUGGAGUUAUUUCCUCAUUCACAUGCUACCUUAAAUUGUCUUUGCGGUACUGUGGUGGUAUUGUUUUAAGUUGCAUUUCUGUAUUGUACAUUUUUCAAGGGUUUCCUUAAACAACCAGAAUUUAAAGAUCUCACCCCUCAACUGUAUGUACAUGUAAAUUUAACAGUGAUUAAACAAAUAUAUUUA